CCUGUUUGUCCACAGAGCCUGUCAUGGGGCGCUCAGCUGUCCUGCUCGCUGUGACUCUGGCCACCCUCCUGGCCAUCGGCGCCGCAGCGCCCGUGCACAGGCAGGGCUCCCGACACAAGCUGCUCCUUGUGUCCUUCGACGGCUUCCGCUGGAACUACGACCAGGACGUGGACACCCCCCACCUGGACGCCAUGGCUCAAGACGGGGUGAAAGCUCGCUAUAUGACGCCUGCCUUCAUCACCUUGACCAGCCCCUGCCACUUCACCCUGGUCACCGGCAAAUACGUCGAGAACCACGGGGUGGUCCACAACAUGUACUACAACACCACCAGCAAGGUGAAGCUGCCCUACCACACCACGCUGGGCAUCACGGGGUGGUGGGACAACGGCAGUGUGCCCAUCUGGAUCACAGCCCAGAGGCAGGGCCUAAAGACCGGCUCCUUCUUCUACCCCGGGGGCAACGUCACCUACCAAGGGGUGGCGGUGACGCUGAGCCGGAAGGAAGGCAUCCUGCACAACUACAAAAACGAGACGGAGUGGAGGGCGAACAUCGACACGGUGAUGCAGUGGCUCACGGAGGACGACCUGGACCUGGUCACACUCUACUUCGGGGAGCCAGACUCCACGGGCCACAGGUACGGCCCCGAGUCCCAGCAGAGGAAGCAGGCGGUGGAGCAGGUGGACAGGACCGUGGGCUACCUCCGCGAGAGCAUCGAGCGCAACCGCCUCUCGAGCGUCCUCAACUUGAUAGUCACGUCCGACCACGGCAUGACGACCGUCAACAAGGAAGCCGGUGACCUGGUCGAGUUCCACAAGUUCCCCAACUUCACCUUCCAGGACAUCCAGUUUGAGCUCCUGGACUACGGGCCAAAUGGCAUGCUGGUCCCCAAAGCAGGGAUGCUGGAGAAGGUGUACGGCGCCCUCGAGGACGCCCACCCCAGACUCCACGUCUACAAGAAGGAGUCGUUCCCCGCGUCCUUCCACUACGCCAACAACCCCAGGGUCACGCCCCUGCUGAUGUACAGCGACCCCGGCUACGUCAUCCACGGGAGAAUUAAUGUCCAGUUCAACAAUGGGGAGCACGGCUUCGACAACGGAGACAUGGACAUGAAGACCAUCUUCCGGGCCGUGGGCCCCAGCUUCAAGGCGGGCCUGGAGGUGGAGCCCUUCGAGAGCGUCCACGUGUACGAGCUCAUGUGCCACCUGCUGGGCAUCGUGCCCGAGGACAACGAUGGGCACCUCAGCACCCUGCUGCCCAUGCUGCGCUCAGAGCCUGCUCCCCCGCCCAGCGGAGCAUCUACUCUCCUGCCCAGCGGCCAGCCCCCCUUGGUGAUGGGACUGCUGGGGACUGUGAUUCUUCUGGCCAAGGUCGCAUAAUGCCUCACUGCUCAAGCUCAGAGCCCCAGAAGGCUCUGGGGAGGGUGGCGCCAUGCUCCCUGUUCCUCCACGCUGACACGCCUGUUGCCCACCUCGGCAGCCAGAGCAGGGCUGCCAGCCCCACCCGGCCAGGGGCUCCAACUGGACUGGCUGCCAGCGAGAAAUCGGAACCUCGAAGCAGACCCCUUCCAGCCUCUCUGCUUUAGUCUUGGAGGGGUCUUUCCAAAGCAGACAGCCAACGGCAAUCUCAUCCUCCCCCGCAGAAGUCAGAACCCUCCUCAGCCUCUCGCGGGUCCCAUGGCCUCCCCCGCUCCCUGCCACGGUCUCUGUGUUCCACCAGGGACAACUCAGAAGCUGUCACCUGGGGUGUGUAGGGGACCAGCUGCCGGGGCUGUGCUCCUGGAGGGCUGUCCCACAGACAGUCCUGCCUUGUUUUUCCGGUCUGUGCAGUCACAGCCCUCUGGCCAAAGCAGAAGAAAGUCAC